AUGUCGAACGUCCAGGCCGCGAAGCCGGAGCAUGCGGAUCUUUCUGGUAAGGCCAGACAAACGUGGCGAUUCCGCCUUGCCUGUGUGCAGACCAUCUAUCUCGACUUCGAGUAUGCUGUCGCCGAGCGUACCGACCAAAUUAUGUGGUUGGUGCAUACUAGUAUCAACAACGAAUAUCGAAAAGCCCUGGUUCGCCUCCGACACCUGGCGCAAAACUCGGACAAGCAAAAGACCGACAAGACAGCCAACGAAAAGCGCAUUGGCGACAAGGACAAGAACAAGAGAGAGAAACAAACCACCCCGAAGCAGAAGGGUGACAAGCGCAAUGUGGAGCGACGGAAGUUUGGGGACAAGUAUCUGGGCUUUCUACAUGUUGCUCAGGAGUUCUACAAAGGUUAUGUCCAGCGCCUCUCUGCACGAUACGACAUCCCCGAAUUGAAGCGUAUUGCUCAAGGCGUCGAGGUGGACGGAUCCCCCAGUAGCGAUGUCAUCAGUCCCGUACCCGAUUCGAUCUAUCCGCUGGUCAUCAAUUCAUGCCACUUCACUCUCAUCUGUCUCGGCGACCUGGCGCGUUAUCAGGUUCAGUCAGGCUUGAAGAAGUCGAGCUAUAAGGUUGCACUGGCCUAUUACAGUCUUGCUCACGAUUUGAAACCCGAUUCCGGUUUCCCGUUCCACCAGAUGGGCAUGAUAAGCCUCGAGGAAGGCAAAGAUUUAGAUAUCCUUUACUACUUUUACCGCAGCAUCGCAACAGCUGAUCCUCAUCCCAACGUGAAGCAGAAUCUUGAGUCCAAGUUCAAGAGCUAUUUCCAGCCCGAUAAGAACCCGCCUAAGAAGCAAGCACGUGGACCAAGUGAUGCAUUCGUCACCUGGUUUACUAAGCUUCAUGCUUCCUUCUAUAGGGAUGAGACCAUGGCGGGCAGCGGUGAACUUGAAAGGGAAGUCCUUCAUCGGCUUGAUAUGGCUUCCAAAAACCCUGACUAUUCCGAGGUUCUGUUCAGGAUGUCCCUGAUCAACAUGUCGAGCUACUUCAUCGCCACUCAGAAAUAUACUGAGGCACAAACGCAGGCAGCUUCACGUUUUUGUCACCAUACUUUGCGUAUCAACGCUCAAUUCAUUCUUGCGUUUUGUUCGGCACUCACUUCUGAGCUCACCAAUAUUGUCGGCCGCGAGAACCCUGGUUCCGAGGACCCGGCAACAGCCAAAUCAUCCCCCGUGACCGAGGCGCUUCUACCUCUGCUUCGUAUAUACGGCAUGUGGCUGGCUGCACGUCGCCAGGAAAUAUUCGCGGCUGGUAAAGCUCUUGGAACCGUACUGCCAGAUAUGAUGAAGGCCAUUUCAAAGGUACUGUCAUUACUGUGCAACGAAACAUAUACCCAGGAAAACCUGGCCUCAUGCCCGUACCUUCUCGCGGAGGAUGUCCAGACCCAAGGUCUGCUUCCCCUUGCCCCGGACCAGGUUCCACAAGCUUGCCGAUCCUACUUUUCUGAGAGCGGUGGCUUGAAGCCAAGACUGCCAUCCCCAGAGAGACGAAUCGGCACUUUCCAGGAGACACUGGCAAGAAUCUUGGACAUACUGCGAUGCGCCUACUUCCUGGCCGAGGACGACUUGUGCCCUCUUGCCGCCCAUGUCUCUGAGAACGGCCUUGCUUUUGAGUACAAGGAGAAGUCUGCCGCGAACGAAGAUACUUCCCAACAGAUGUCUAUCGUGAGUUCUCCUGCACGGGAAUCCCAAAGCAACAUCAAGACCGCCAGUCGACAUCGCACCGGCUCGGACAACACGCAAACAGGGAAUCGACUUGCGUCCAGGGCGGACGCGAAGAGGGCUUUUGUUGCACCUAUCGAGACACAGCCUCCCCAUGAGCAGUCCGUACCUGACGAUGCUGAUAAUACUGUUAUCAACAUGCUCGCUCCUUUCCUAAGGCCCCCUACCCCUGAACAGGCACAAUCUGGUCUCCGCUCCACUGAUGAGACCUCAUACGGAAUGCAUAGCACAACUGCAAACGAGGUCUUUGGAAUGCUUCAGGCUGACGUCAGCCCCACGACAGGCUCCAUGCCCUCUGGCAAGUUUGAACCUCUUCCCUGGGACUGGGUAUACACCCCGACACCCCAUAAGGGUAACGAUACCUCGGUCUUAUACAAGGAUGCUUUCGAAGCCCCCAUUAGUCCCAACUUUUCUACAAUGAAAACGUCACGAACUGUCAGCGCAUUUGAUGACCCUUUUGCCAACUCCACCCCUCAGCUACCCACCAUGCCGACUCCCCGAGCUGGCAGUGGCAUGAUAGCCAGCCCUCGUGUUAGCUCAGCUGCCGAAGAGGCCCAUCGCAACAACUUGCUUCAAACUUUCGGUAGCUCCGCCCCUCGUACUUCUGUGUCCAGCCAAUGGGGCCAUGACCACAACCGCACAUCCAUCGAGACAGCACCUCAAUUCUAUGGUCACCAUGGCUACGCUACGUCUUCCUCUUUGUCUGCGUUUUCGCACCCAAGCAGUUUGUAUCAAGGCACACCUGCCAAUGGGGCUGCUUUCGGCAUGCCGACUGGAGUUGGCUAUAUGGACACGAGCCGCUACGAUCGCAAUCACAUUCAGGACCCUGCACCAUCCUCGUCGGGCCGACGUUUUCAGAUGGAUGAAACGACAUCGAGCUAUGAUGCUGCCAUUCUACAAGCUGCUUUUUAUAGCAAUAAGUAG